CGUGGAACUGCGCAUGUGCGUGAUAGCAGAACUAACUAACAAACAAACAUCAAGCAGAGACGGACAGCAAACACAGAUCACGAACUUUCGUAUUAAUAACUAACUAUCUACAUGAGUUAACUAUCGUUUAAUAUACCUUGCAGUUCCACUCUAAUGAAGGAGCUCCGUCCUGGCUGACUUUGGGAGAUGGGAGUACACAAUAUUACAGACCAGCUUCCACUGGUCCAAGCAGUUUUUAAUCGAAAUGCCGAUGAAAUUCAACUACUAUUGCACAACAAGAAAGAGGACGUCAAUGCACUGGACCAAGAGCGCCGUACAGCACUACAUGCUGCUGCCUGUUUGGGGGAUGUUCAUAUAAUGGACCUCCUCAUCAAUGCAGGUGCAAAUGUAAAUGCUAAGGACCAUGUGUGGUUAACUCCAUUGCACAGAGCUGCUGCCUCCCGGAAUGAAAGGGCAGUGGGGCUACUUCUGCGGCAGGGAGCAGAGGCCAAUGCACGAGACAAGUUCUGGCAGACUCCACUGCAUGUUGCAGCUGCCAAUAGAGCCACGCGCUGUGCAGAGGCCCUGCUCCCCCAGCUGAGCAAUCUGAACAUGGCAGACCGCACUGGCAGAACCGCCUUGCACCACGCUGCUCAGAGCGGAUACAUGGAGAUGGUGAAGUUGCUGCUGAAUAAAGGGGCCAACUUGAGUACCAAUGAUAAGAGAGAGAGACAGCCUAUCCACUGGGCAGCGUACUUAGGGCAUCUGGAGGUGUUGAAGCUGCUAGUGUCUCGGAGUGCAGACAAGGGCUGCAAGGACAAGCAGGGCUACACCCCUCUCCAUGCUGCCGCUGCCAGCGGACACAUUGACAUAGUCAAGUACCUACUGAGGCUCGGGGCUGAGCUGGAUGAGCCCAAUGCCUUUGGGAACACUGCUCUGCAUGUGGCCUGCUACACAGGCCAAGAGGCUGUGGCCAAUGAGCUGGUGAACCAAGGAGCUAACGUCAACCAGCCCAACAGGAGUGGCUAUACCCCACUGCACCUGGCCGCUGUGUCCACCAACGGGGCCCUCUGCCUGGAGCUGCUGGUCAACAAUGGGGCCGACGUCAACCAGCAGAGUAAUGCAGGGAAGAGCCCCCUGCACAUGGCAGCCAUUCAUGGACGCUUCACACGCUCUCAGAUCCUCAUCCAAAACGGUGGAGAGAUUGACAGUGUGGAUAAAUAUGGCAAUACCCCCCUCCAUGUUGCUGCUAAGUACGGCCAUGAACUACUGAUCAGUACUCUGAUGACCAACGGUGCAGAUACAGCCAGACAAGGGAUUCAUGGGAUGUUCCCGCUGCACCUGGCUGUGCUCUAUGGGUUUUCAGACUGUUGUCGCAAGCUACUCUCCUCAGGUCAGCUGUACAGUAUUGUUUCAUCUAUGAGUAAGGAGCACGUACUAUCAGCCGGGUUUGACAUAAACACUCCAGACAACUUUGGAAGGACCUGUCUACAUGCUGCUGCUUCUGGAGGAAACGUUGAAUGUCUCAACUUGCUCUUAAGCAGUGGUACUGACUUGAAUCAGAGGGACCAAUCGGGAAGGACUCCGUUGCACUAUGCAGCUGCUAAUGGGAGGUACCAAUGCACUGUGACCCUAGUGAGUGCUGGCGCUGAGGUCAAUGAGCCAGACCGUACAGGCUGCACUCCCCUGCACUACUCUGCUGCCUCCCAGGCCUUCUGCAGAAUGGACCGACAUUUCCCUGGGACUCUUCAGAGCGAGGAGGAUGGAGAUAAGGAGUCCUAUUUUUGCUUGGAGCAUCUGUUGGACAACGGUGCAGACCCAUCCCUGGUCAACUCUAAAGGUUACAGUGCUGUUCAUUAUGCUGCUUCCCACGGCAACAAGCAGAACCUGGAACUGCUCCUGGAAAUGUCCUUUAAUGCCCUAGGAGACAUUGAGAGCAGUAUUCCAGUGAGUCCGUUGCAUUUAGCUGCUGAUAAUGGCCACUGGCAGGCGCUGAGUGUGCUGACAGAGACUGCUGCCUACGUAGAUGUGCAAGAUGCCUCGGGCCGCUCUGUGCUCUACUUGGCUUCCCAGAGAGGUUACGCCCGCUGUGUAGAGGUCCUGCUAGCCCAGGGGGCCUCCUGCCUCCUCAACGAGAACAGACACAUGUGGACCCCUCUACACGUCGCAGCUGCCAACGGCCACACGGAAUGUCUCCACAUGCUGGUGGAAAGCGGGGAGGAGGCAGACCUUACCAACGUCACAGACACACAGGGACAGACCCCUCUGAUGCUGGCCGUGCUAGGUGGCCAUACAGACUGUGUCCACCUGCUGUUGGAGAAGGGGGCCUGGCCUGACGCCAAGGACAAGGGGGGCAGCACAGCCUUGCACAGAGGGGCGGUGGUGGGCCGUGAGGACUGUGUGACAGCCCUGCUGGAUCACGAGGCAUCUGCCCUGUGUCGGGACGGCCAGGGUCGUACCCCCCUGCAUUACGCUGCCUCCCACCGCUACACUGACAUCCUGGCCAGUCUGCUGCGUGCCGCCACACGCUCCGAUCCUCUGGACUCCCUAUUGGACCACGAAGAGUACACGCCAUCACACUGGGCCGCCUACCAAGGGCAUGAAGGCUGUUUGGAGGUUUUACUUGAACACAAAACAUGUAGUAGCCAAGAGGGAAACCGCUUUACCCCAUUGCACUGUGCUCUAAUGAAUGGCCGUAGUGGAGCUGCAGAGAUGCUGUUGGAAUCUGCUGGUGUACAGAUGGUUAACACCAGGGAUACUAAAGGAAGGACCCCACUUCAUGCCGCAGCGUGCGCCGAGGAUGUGUCGGGGCUGCAGCUGGUCCUACGCCACGGCGCUGAGAUCAACGCCGUGGACCACACCGGGCGCUCUGCUCUCAUGGUUGCUGCUGACAACGGACAGAGUGGCACCGUGGCCAUCCUCCUGCAACGGGCCAAGGCUGACCUGACACUGCUGGACGACAAUGGAAACACUGCCCUGCAUCUGGCCUGCAGCAAGGCUCAUGAGAUGUGUGCCCUGCUGAUUCUGGGGGAGAUCCAUAACGCUACCCUCGUCAAUGCAACCAACGCUGCACUGCAAAUGCCCCUGCAUCUAGCAGCACGCAACGGUAUGGCCACUGUGGUCCAGGCACUGCUGAGUCGAGGAGCCACAGUGCUGGCAGUGGAUGAGGAGGGCCACACUCCAGCCCUGGCCUGCGCCCCCAACAAGGACGUGGCUGACUGCCUGGCUCUGAUCCUCUCUACCAUGAAACCUUUCCCACCUCUGGACCCUUCCUCGUGCUCCUGCUCCUCUUCCUCCUGCCCCUGCACCUCCAUCUCUGUCUCCUCCAUAUCUGUCUCCUCCUCCAUCUCCCCUGGUCUCAACCUACUGAAGCACUGCGGCAUCACCGCAGCCUGCACACCCCUGCCCAACGGAAGCCUUCACCAUCACCACGGCUAAGUCAAAGACCACCAUGGCGCCGCCAUCGGCCUGGACGGGUGCCUUUCUGAGUGAGGUCAUCCUACACCUACAAUCUGACACCACUACAACCACCACCACAGGGUGACUCCCUUGAGUACACCCACCUACACGCCUGUGCGUAUGUGUGCGCGUAUGGUCUUCUCCUGAAGUGCAGUCAAACCUAUAUGCAAAUAGAGCCCACAGCAUCUAUCUCAGCUCUGUAAUAGUUAGUGCUUAACACAGAGAGACUGAUCUCUCUUUCUGUAAUGUCACUGGAAUACUGCUGUUUGUCCCUAAAUGGUUGCUAAUAACCAACCACAAAAAUCAUCUAAAUAAUCAAUCCCUUUAAAAAAUGUCCCGCAAAUAGGUACUUGUCAGCACGGAAAAAUGACUGACAGCUUAAAGGACUUUUUAUUUUCCUUUUUGUGUUUGUUUGUAGUCUCUUGUUUAGUCACUUCUCAUUAUCAUUCAGUAUUUAAUAUUAUAUCAGAAACUAGGACUAGUAGUGGUGGCCUUGAAUAGGAAUGCACAGCCUUCCCCAAAGGAGAAUGAUCAAACGGGUUAAAGUAGGGUAGAGGACUUGAUGAAGGAACCAUACAGAAGAAAGUCCUGCCCAAGAGUGCAAUGCUAAAAUAUAUCUAUUCUGACUUUUUUUUUUAUGAUUAUAAUAUGUACCUUGUGUAGUAGCCUAUAUUUAAACUUUUAGCCUAAAAUAGUUUGUCAAUUUCAUAGAGCUGCUAAAGUUUGAAAAAUGUAUAUGUAAGCAUGUCUCCUUGCAAAGGAGUACAGUGCUCGGGUUGGGAUUUUAGCAUCAAUUUAUUCUCAAUGCUGAAGUAUUGUCUACAACACAGUUUUGUGUUUACUAAGCUAGAAUGUGGUUCAAAGCAUAUCAGUUAUGACCAAAGGUGAUCAUCACUACUAUGGCAAAACAAAAAUAUUUAUUUGAGAUGUACUGUAUAGAGAAAGACGAUAGAUCGAUCUUGAGAUACCUCGAUAAAUAAUUUUGCAGCUGCUGAACGUUUAGUUAGACAGGGAGAGUAGUAGCAAUGAGGCCUUGGUAAUUUAGUUUGCCUUUGGGAGCGGGCUCGCCCCAUUGCACCUCAGUGAAGCCUCUUGUAUUGUGAGCACUUUCUCUUGUAUUCUGAGAUUACUGCUCAGUCAUUUUACCAGCCAUUUCAAUUGAUUUCUCUUUUUUUUUCUUAUCAUUCUCAAAAGACUUUGGUACAUUGAAUGGGAUUAUUUCCCCAAAUUUGGCCUUGUUCAAUCUGAAAUUGAAUUUAUACUGAACAAAAAUAUAAAUCGAACAUGCAACAAUUUCAAAGAUUUUACUGAGGUCAUAUAAAUUCAUAUUUUACAAUUCAUAUAAGGAAAUCCGUCAAUUUAAAUCAAUUCAUUAGGCCCCGAUCUGUGGAUUUCAUGACUGGGUGUACAGAUCCAGAGCAUCCCAAACAUGUUCAAUGGGUGACAUGUCUAGUGAGUAUGCAGGUCAUGGAAGAACUGGGACAUUUUGCAGCUUCCAGGAAUU